AUGCAGAACGCUUUGGAUCAGGAACUAGAAAAUAUUGAUGAAUUGCCAAAGAAGGGCUUAACUUGGGUGGAGUACUGCAGCUAUGCAUUGGGCAUUAAUGUGGCGCCCAGGAAACGCACCUCCCGACCCUGUAGAUUCUUGCGCACCUUUGCCUAUCUUACAAAUCUCAACAUUAUCUACAGUCUCAUUAGCUUUGUUGUGGAAAAUUAUAUGGUUUCCUUUGAAGCCAAUGUGGAGCCUGUGGUUCUUUGCUUUCAAAUAACUAUGAACAUGGUAAAGAUUGCGUAUUUUCACAGUCAUCUCGAUUCCUGUGUGGAUCUCAUUAGCACCUCAGAAAAGUGUGAAGUUUUAAGGAACUUGGGGCUAUUUGAUGUGGCUUUAACAGACAAGCAAGCGUUGAGCAAGGCAUUGAGCACAAAGAUAAGAGACAGCUGGAAGAGCAUUAAUAAUCAGGUUAUGUUCUUCUUCAAAAUCGUCUCAUUGCCAGUUCUAUUUUAUUGCAUGCGACCCUACUUACAAUAUAUUUACGAUUGCUAUGUAGUGCGGGAUAUUUGUGAGAUGACUUUGACCUAUCCCGCAAUAACACCCUUCGUUCAGGUGGGCAACUAUGAAUUUCCCUCCUUCUCUGUGCGAUUUUUUGUUUUGCAAUCUGGACCAGUCUGGUGUUUUUAUACUGUCUUUGGCUUCAAUAGUCUCUUUGUUGUGCUGACCAAUCAUGAAGCUUGUCUUUUUGAGGUGCUGCGAUAUUUGGUUAACAAUUCAACAAAUGAUGAUGUGGUUCCCAAAUCAUCUAGGGUUUCAUACUUGCGUUGCUGUGCCAAGCUUUUUGCACGUCUCUCCAGACAUCAUGAUCGGGUUGAAAAUCUGUUUAAGUAUAUUAUUCUAGUACAAUGUGGGGUAAGCACCAUUUUGUUAUGCAUGCUGCUUUAUACUAUUAUGGAAGUUGACUUGGUCAAGAUGAGCGCGAUAUUGGUUUACUUGCUAACAAUUACGUUCGAAAUCAGUUUAUAUAAUGUCAACGCGCAGAAGGUUGAGACACAGAGUGAACUAUUGUUUCACGAGUGGUAUAACUGCGCUUGGUACAACGAAUCUGAGGACUUUAAGCUCAUAAUAAGACUAAUGAUGGUUUUUUCAAUGCGCACCGCUAAGCUGAGUGUCGGGGGCUUUUCGAAAUUAUCCAAUAAGUUGCUGGUGCAGGUAUUUCGGUUGAGUGGAAACUUUUAUUUGCUAUUGCGCAAUAUGAAUGACAAAUAA